GUCUUUUCAUCGUCGGUUUUGAAGGUCGUUCGUCCUCUCUUCGUAUUUAUUUAUUCUGAUCUUGUUCCUCUGUUUUAGCAGGCGGACAACAGACAAGCAAACAUAACAAUCCAAUUCACAAACACCAAGCCUAUAAACAAAACAUACAAUAAAAACAAUCGCACGAUGUUCUCCCUCGCCAUCCUCAACGUCUUCAUCGCCCAGCUGUGGCUGGCUCUCCUCACGCACGCCGCGCCCAUCGCCGAUGAGACGCUCACGGCAACCGGCCACGGCAACGCUUGGCAGUACGGAACUGGCGGCGGCAUCCUGGGUCUCCUUGUACUCGUUCUGGACGUGAUUGCAUUCAUCGAGAUCCUCCAGUCGAACCGCGAGCCGAGCGGCAAGCUUCUCUGGUGCCUGGUCGUAUUCCUCUUCCCCAUCGUCGGCAUGGUCAUCUACUACCUGUUCUCGAACCGGGCGAGCCACGGCUCGUCGGGUUACGAACCAGUGGCGUAAAAAAGAAGAACAAGAGAGUUUCUUCGGGUGAGACGUGGGCGGACCGAGCUGGUGAGAGAUUCCCCAUCGGCAUUUACGGCAGAAAGGGUGGUACAUUGUGGCUGGGUCAGGAGGGUUAGUGGUGGGAUGGAGACACGGCAUGGCAUGGCAGUUGCGGUCAAUUUUUUUUUUGGCUUUGAUGGUUUUGGGCCUCGGUUGUUUCCCAUGGGAUUGAUUGUUCACAUCGGAUCCUGCAGGCUUACGUCCUGGUAGUUGAUACGUCUUGUUUUGCGUUCAUCACAUGGUACUUGUCGAUGAUGAAAGGUCAUCACGACGUUAUCCUGUGAUUGAGAAGGAGUUAUGAUUCGGUGACUUAAUAACAUACUCGGAUUCUGUGUCGCUUUAAAGUCUGUGAUGCUGAGUGUAUUGAAUGAACC